UUCCUCAUGAGUCACUUACAAGGUACCUGUAUACCUUGAAGAUUAAUUAGUUAAUUUCUUUUUUUUUUUAGUUACCAAAAUGACCAGAAUACUCACUUUAUGUUUCGUUCUAACUAUUUCUUCUUCAAGACUGAAUUUCUCAGCAGCCCAAGUGCAGAUUUCUCAUUCACGCUUACCUAAUGGGUUUUCUGGGUCAGAAGAUUUUGCUUAUGAAGGCGUUCUUAAUGAUGGAUCUGCACCAAUUGCACCUUUGUUUAGGACAACAUCCACAACUACAAUUUUACCAACAAUUAAAAAAUGCAUUGAUAAUUGUUUAGCCUCUGCAACAAUAAUUGACAACCGCCCAGUAUGUGGAUCCGACUCCGUUACCUAUGAUAAUCACCAACAUUUUGAUUGCACUCUAUCGUGCGGAAAAAAUGGGAUUCAAAAAGUGUAUACUGACAGGUGCUCCUAAUUUGUUUUUGAUUCCAUACCUAAAUUUAUGGAUAUUCGCAUUAUCAACUCAUCAAAUUUAUAAAUAAAAUCGAAUGUAUUUAUAAUGUACUAUACA